AUUGCAAACGAAUAAAAUCAAAAUAAAAAAAGGAAAACUGUAACAAUUUAAACGACAGUCUGAUUUGAUACAUCACUGUCUAUAUUUCUUCACAUCACAGAUAAAUCAUUUGUAUUAAAAAAUAAAGUGAAGAUUGUGUGUGAAUAUUUAAAGCUUUUACCAAAAAUGGCGGGUUACAUGCCACCGAUUCACAUGCCAUUGGAGUCAAAAUGGCGACAUUAUCCGACAUAUAUCUACGAUAGAAAUUAUAGCUACGGUAUAAAUUACUAUCAGCCCAUGAUUGAUUACAUAGAUACCAAACAACGCAUUUCGAGAUCAACUCAGUCAAAAUUUGAAAGAAGAAUAGAGUUACCCGAAUUACCCUGGUCUGAUGGUAGCGUUUUAUGGGAAGACAAAAGGGUGCAACCCUAUACAAAAGACAAUCUCAUUAAAUACGCGAUCAACGCCGAAGACGAGGCCAAAGAUCACCUGUCUCACUUUAAGGUACGAUAGUGUAAAAAAAGAGAAAAUACUUUGGUUGAUCAAUCUUUUCGAAAAGGAACUUUCUGGGAAAUACAAGGCGAUCCGUUUUCCGAGUGCCGUGCGACUCGGUGACUGCUUGACCUUUUCGGUUUCUAAAUUUGGUGCCGCGGAAGAGACUGCCUCGUUUCGAGUGAUCAAAGACAUGUGCAAGGAUGCCGUGCGUAAUUCGUGUCAUCAUUGACGUCGUUAUAUCUUCUCGUUUUGCAAUUUACUCUUGCCUAUUCUCUAUAAUGGAAAUAUCGGGCAUAACAAUGGGCACAUCAAAAUCGUAUUUAUUUAAUUUUUUGUAUAUCUAAAAAAUAUUAGACAUAUAAAGAUUAGUUAUAUUAACAAAUUUGUUUACCUAAAAAUUAUGCUUACACACACACACACACAUACUUCACACGACCUUUUUUUUAAACUAUAAUUCUACAAGUUAGACGUAGGAAAUAAUAUUAAAUUAACUAAAUUUUAAUAAAAAUAAAUAAAUAUGCAGAACUUUAGAAUUUAAAUAAAAUAGAAUUUAUACUAAUUUACUUUACGCGAUAUUAAAUUACUAAUAAUUUUAUCAAAAUUGAUUAAGUAAGUUUUU